CCAAGUCAUCAGUCUUCUCCAUUAUUGUGGUUUCAAAGAACAAGAGAUACCCGGAAUUUAUACUGAUUCCAGCGAAAUGCAGUUUGGCUGUCCACACUACACGCGACGCGACAGCGCGAUGCGACAGAAUCAAUCAAAUAUCACAGCCAAUCAGAAGAGCGGGUGGGCGGGCUCUCUUUGGAAGCGCACUGCAGUACCGCACUCGCAUUGAAAAUGGGUCCGAGAGUCAGACAGGAGCUCUGGAGGAGGAAGAAAGUAGCGGCCUUUCUUUUAUUACAGGGGAGAAAAACAAGGAUGUGGGUGCAUCCAAUAAAUAAAAGAAGAGCAGAGCAAGGGGCCUUCCACAACCUAGUGCAGGAACUUUACCUGGACAACGCACGUUUUUUAAAUUAUUUCCGUAUGUCGUCCACUGAUAUGGAGAAUGUGCUGUCUUAUAUUGGUGAAGACCUGAGGAAGCAGACCAUAUCAUUCCGUGUUCCAGUUGAGCCCCAACAACGUCUUGCUGUAACACUAAGGUAUUUGGCAACAGGAGACUCGAUGCACAGUCUGGCGUACUGCUACCGUCUUGGAGUCCAGACAGUGUCCGACUGUAUCAAAGAGACAUGUAGGGCCAUUGAAAAGCGAAUGUUGCCAGUAUAUCUCCCAAAGCCCACAGAGGGAAUGUGGAAGGACAUAGCACUGUCCUUUGAAAAUCGGUGGCAGUUUCCCAACUGCAUCGGGGCACUAGAUGGUAAACACAUCUGCAUCACUGCUCCACCAAAAUCUGGAAGCCUUUUUUAUAAUUACAAAGGCUCCUUCUCCAUCAAUUUGCUUGCCCUUGUUGAUGCAAACUACAAAUUCACUGCAAUCCAAGUAGGUGAUUUUGGAAAAAACAGUGAUGGAGGUGUCUACAGCAACUCCACACUAGGCAGAGGAAUGAGGGAGAAGACACUGAAUGUUCCAGAGGAUCAGUGUUUGCCUGGUGCUGAGGACCUGGGAAGACUUCCCUUUGUAAUGGUUGGGGAUGCUGCAUUCCCUCUCAAGCCCAACUUAAUGAGACCCUACCCAGGGAGGAAUCUAGAGAGACGGAAGGCAAACUUCAAUUACCGCCUCAGCAGAGCCCGAAUGACAGUGGAAAAAGCAUUCGGCAUACUAUCCUCCCGCUGGCGAAUUUUCCAAAGGGACAUUAACUUGAUGCCAGACACCACAGACACCUUGAUUGUGGUAACAUGCAUUCUGCACAACAUGCUGACACGCCCAGGUGAAGCAGAACACUGGCUAAGAGAGGCAUCUGAAGAUGUGCCCUUGAGGGGGCUGACUGAACGGCCCAACAGAGCAAGCCUGGAAGCGACAAGUGUGCGAGAGAAAUUUGCUGAUUACUUCAACUCUCAGGCAGGAAUGCUUGUUCCUGACCAAUAAACUUCAAAACAUCAAAAUGUUAUCAGAAUCACUCAAACAUACAUAGUUUUAUCAAACACAUUAAAUAAAUUGACACAAUUUGAUUGAUGCAAACAAUAAUUAAUAAUUUACUUGUGGUAUUUUUUCAAUAAAAAUGAUUAAUUUCUCUUCAA